UCCUCAAGUCCAGGUGAUUGGCCAGGGCUGUGUUUUUAUACAGGGUGCCAAAGGUCUGGAGACCAUUGCAGGGACAUCCCUGGCUCAUCACAAUGAUGCACCUUGUCAUCUUCUCAUUGCUCCUGUCGUCAGCUGCUGGAAAGACGUUCCAAAUCCGAAAUAAGGACUCAUGUGUCGGCCGCUGUGGGGCCAACUUGAGCCACAAUUACAACUGCCAGUGCAACAGUGCGUGUGGGACACACGGAGACUGCUGCCAGGACUACAAUACAUGCAAUUCAAGAACAUCCUGCAAGGGAAGAUGCAAUGAGCAAUAUGACCGUAACGAUCCCUGCCAUUGCAACAGCAAGUGUGACCAGUACCAGAACUGCUGCCACGACUACUAUUCUCUGUGCGGGGCCAGCAACACUGGAUUCACGGCGCAGGAGCUGCUCGACGUUUCUGAACAGAUCUACGCACUGGACGUCAACAAAGCUUCAGACGGUGACAUUCGCUUGAACCUUCAGAGCCCCGUUGCCAACUCUGAGACUGGGGCCAAGGUCGAUCUGGCCUCAAACCGCCUCUAUGCAUAUGUGAACGAGGCCGCCAUAUUCUCCAAGCCAACCUUUGCUAAACUCAUUGCACUCCUGGACAACUACCACCGAAUGACAGGCACCCCCGAGAACUUCACACCCCAGCAGCUUGGAGAACAGGAUGCGUUUAUCAAAGAGGUUAUGCACACCCCCAUCAUGGAGCAUCUGUACAGCGUCUUCCACUCAAAGAAAUUGUAUAAUUCCCAAGUUGAGUUUGAAGAAGACCUGAAGAAGAUGUGGUUUGGAUUAUACCGUAGAUACAAUGACAUCCUCGACUCCAGUGGCUUUGAGCACGUCUUUUCAGGUGAAGUGAAGCGAGGCAAGGUGUCUGGGUUCCAUAACUGGGUGCGGUUUUACCUGGCAGAGAAAAACAACGAACUCAACUAUUACAGUUACAACUACAAUGGCCCGUGGGUCAACUACCCAGACGUGCUGGCCAUGCAGUUUAACUGGAACGGAUACUACAAGCAAGUUGGAUCAGGAUUCAUUGGCUCCAGUCCGGAGUUUGAUUUUGCCAUUUAUACUCUUUGCUUCAUCGCCAGGCCUAAUAAAGGAUGCAAACUGAGCCUUGGUGGGAACGUCAUGAACAUUCAGAGCUACACCUGGACCAAGUCCACAUAUGGAAAUGGAAAGAAGUACAUAGCAUCAGUAUUCCCACUUACACCUUGAGAAACCAGCAACGUUCUGACACUGAGAGGACAGAAGCCUUCCUGGCAAUUCAGAGCCAGAAUUGUGCUUCCAAGACAAUCCAAUGUGAAAUAAAGGAACUUGAUUUGCAUUA